UGCUUUGCACAAGGUAGAAUCUCUGAAGUGUUUCUGCUUCCCAAAUCAGGAAUGGACUUUACAGCUCGACAGUUGGGCAACGUCAUAAGCCCAACUUGGUCAUCAAAAUGGAUCAGGAUAAUAUUACUCUGCAAAACAUUAGCACCUUCAGAAGCACCGAAAUUACUUUUGUUCUUGGCAAAGCCAUUCGACGAGCAUACUUCUGAUAACAGGAAAUGCAAAACAGUAGUAACACUUGAUGGUAAAAAACUGACUCAGACUCAGAAAUGGGACGGAAAGCAAACGACACUUGUCCGAGAAGUCAAAGAUGGAAAACUCAUUUUGACUCUUACCUUUAACGAUGUUGUAAGUGUCCGAACGUACGAAAGAGAAGCAUGAAGAUACAAUUUUUAAGUUAUUUGCAGCAAUUUGUGUUAUUUGUUUCGCAGAGAGAAACAUAAGGUGUUAUUGUACUUUUCAUCUGUGAUUCUUUUGAAAGACCUGAAAACAUUGCAACUGCAUUACAUUUUUAAGAACAAUCGUCAGCUUGUGAAUAUUCUACCCUCAUUUGUAGUCCUUAUCC